UUUUUCGUUUUUUUUGACGAGCAUCUGGUUCUCCGCUACUCCGCUUCAGCCUUUAUGAAUAGCUCAUCCGAAUUCAGCCUAGUUGGAUCUUCAGCUGAGUUCCGAGUUAGCGAAUAAGCGCGCUGUAUGCCUGGAAGGCAAUCGCUUAACGAGUUACGUGCACUUAUAAAUACGACCCCCUCCAGACUCCCGCUCCGUCGUUGUUCCAUACUUUGCGAGUCGCGAGUUGUGAGGCUUUUGUCUUCUGAGAGAGAGAGAGAGAGAGAGAGAGAGAGACGAUGGAGAAUGCGUCGGGGAGCGCUUCUCUCCCAGGAGGGCCAGACGCGAAGAAGCGGAGGGUGUGCUACUUCUACGAGCCUUCAAUCGGAGACUACUACUACGGACAGGGCCACCCAAUGAAGCCCCAUCGGAUCCGUAUGGCUCACAACCUCAUAGUCCACUACUCUCUUCACCGUCGUAUGGAGGUCAACCGCCCUUAUCUUGCCGGUCCUGAUGACAUCCGCCGCUUCCACUCCGACGAUUACGUCGACUUCCUCGCAUCCGUAACACCCGAGACUCUCCACGACCACACACACGCCCGCCACCUCAAGCGCUUCAACGUCGGCGAGGACUGCCCCGUUUUCGACGGCUUGUUUGCCUUCUGUCAGGCGUCCGCCGGAGGAUCAAUUGGUGCCGCUGUUAAGUUGAACCGCGGGGAUGCAGAUAUUGCCUUGAAUUGGGCGGGUGGAUUGCAUCACGCGAAGAAGAGUGAGGCCUCUGGCUUCUGUUAUGUCAAUGAUAUCGUUCUGGGGAUUCUUGAGCUUCUCAAGGUGAACAGGCGUGUACUGUAUGUAGAUAUUGACAUUCAUCAUGGAGAUGGUGUUGAGGAGGCAUUUUUCACCACUGACAGGGUUAUGACAGUGUCUUUCCAUAAAUUUGGGGACUUCUUUCCUGGGACUGGGCAUCUUAAGGACAUUGGAGCAGGCCCUGGGAAGUAUUAUGCUCUCAAUGUCCCACUGAAUGAUGGAAUGGAUGAUGAGAGUUUUAGGGGACUAUUUCAGCCCAUCAUUCAAAAAGUCAUGGAAAUCUAUCAGCCAGAUGCAGUUGUUCUGCAGUGUGGUGCGGAUUCUUUAUCUGGUGACAGGUUAGGUUGCUUCAACUUGUCAGUGAAGGGCCAUGCAGACUGUCUUCGCUUUCUCAGAUCCUUUAAUGUCCCUCUGAUGGUCUUGGGCGGUGGAGGAUAUACAAUCCGUAAUGUUGCUCGUUGCUGGUGCUAUGAGACAGCAGUUGCUGUGGGGGUAGAACCUGACAAUAAACUUCCUUACAAUGAAUAUUAUGAGUACUUUGGCCCUGAUUAUACUCUCCAUAUUGAACCAAGCAACAUGGAGAAUCAAAACUCGCCAAAAGAUUUGGAAAGAAUGAGAAAUGUACUUUUGGGUCAGCUUUCAAGAAUACAGCAUGCUCCCAGUGUACAGUUUCAGGCACAACCUCCAAGUACCCAAGUUCCUGAGGAGGGAGAAGAUGUCAUGGAUCAAAGGUCAAAAUGUCGCAUUUGGAAUGGUGAAGACUAUGGGUCUGAAUCUGAAGAGGAUGAAAAGCCUCAACGUGAUAAAUCCGUCAUUGUUGAUCAGUCAAAGUCAAACUUGGGCGUCAGAGAUGUCAAAAUCGACACCAACGAGGAAAGAAAGUCAAUGGAAGAAUAGCCAUGCUCUCCAUGACAAUGGAUGGAACUCUGCAAAUGUUCAUACUUGCACUAAACGGGGGUCUUGUUGUACAACAUCAGUAGAUUACACAAUUAAUCAGAAGCAUCUCUUCGCCAGCUUAUUUUUACUUCGACAUUGAAUAAUGUUUUCACUUUUCAGACACAGGAGGUGGGAAAUAGACUUUUUAGCAAAUUAUUGUCACUGAUACAUUUUUUCAUCUAUACUUCUGUAGCUACAGUCACUACUUUUGGUAACACAGCUUCAGCAGCCAGAACUGCAUUGGUAUAAAAAAAAAAAAGAAAUACCAUUCACCUGGAUAGUUUCUUUAUUCUUUUUUUUUUUCUUUUUUCUUUGUACAAUGUGUAAAAGAAGGAUUUUACUUCUGUGAAAACGGAAAACCUGGCUUCUGUCAUCAUUUCUGUAGAGCAGAUUACAGUUCAAACUUGUAAGUUGUUACUGCACAUAUGUACUGGAACAGUUAGAGGUUCUCGGAUUUGGUUGGCUUGGAUGUUUCUUUUAGUUCU